AUGCCCAAGUUGACAGAACUCACCGUUGAAGCACUAGAGAUGGAGGAAGGGUUCGUGAAGGGUUUCUUUCAAGCCAAGGACUUUUUGUCGUCCCUACAAAAGGUGUCGUUCACCAUCAGCAACUUUACUCCUUCUCUGGAAGCAAACACCGUAUUGGUCGACGCAAUAGAGAGACGGUGGGGAUCCACAAUGCGAUCCUGCUAUAUCUCUGCGCCUUCCGUAGAUUGGCAGAUUGCUGAUGACGACGCGGUGAGGAUUAAGAAGAUGCGGGGAGAGGGUCUGGACCUUAUGAUAAUCUAUGGUAAAUCAGACGCUCCUAAAUAUCUGCAUUCCUCGCCAUGUGGGAACGGUGGCACCCCCUCCUACCCCAUCAGCAUUCUAUUUGUCCCAUCAUUCCCAAUCCUACGCAUUUUCCCCCCUACAUCUUCAGGGAAUCUGCAGGUACUGCCAGAAGAUAUCCCUGACAAGACAUGGGUCUGUUUCCGGCAGUAUGCAAGUCGUAUUCGAUGCAUCGCAUUUGAUCCCACUAGUUGCGCCCGCUUCUCUUCGACUGUAUUUCUCCGCCUAGCUGAGUAUCAAACUCCCAUAUUUCCCAAAUUGCAAUAUCUGAAAAGUGACGCAUCUUUUGCGGCUUCUCCUUCCAUUCUUCUCUUCCUCCCUGCAAAACCACUGAACAAGAUACAGUUGACGUUCCGUGGUUCGACGGACAUCACCACGUCGUCAACGUGUAUGCGGGCCAUCAAAUGGCGAGUACCUGCCUUGCAAACACUCCACAUUUAUUGUCCAGAGUUCGACAAUGGCCAAUAUCAAGCCAUUCUCUUCACCAAUCUAUGCUCCAUCACCAAUUUCGUGGGUCUCAGAGAUCUUCGUUCUUUAACUAUCAAAUCCCACUUGGUAGACUACGAUUUCCUCAUCGCCCUCUCUACAUUUGACAACCUUGAGCACCUUCACGUGAAAACUACAUCGAACAUACCUAGCGGCAGCCGUCAAGUCCAGGAUGGCUUCCCUUCUCUCAAAUCUCUCCAUAUCACUGCCAAGGUAUCGGAGAUGUCACGUAUUCUCCGGCUUUUCCAUCAAGGUACACUGGAGACGCUCACCUUUGUCGAUACCUCCAGCGAGGCAUUCUGCACCAGCUCAGAGUUCAUGAUGGACUUUUACCGUGAACUGGUAGUGCGCUUCCCCCUUCGCAAUCUCUCCAUAACCUACCAGUCAGCACAGUUCGAUAGAACACUCUGGGCCUCUUCAAGAGUGGUGUUUGAGCCCUUAUACGAGCUGCAUCUCUUGAGAUCCAUCCAUUUUGUGGGCGAACUGGUAUUGGACGAUGAGACUAUCAAAACUCAUCUCGCACCGUCAUGGCCUGACAUUGAAUCGAUUUCAAUGCCCCAGUUGCCUGGAGACCCUCCUUCAUAUGCUAUGCUCCCCAGUUUAGCCAAGUGUUGUCCAAGACUUGUGUUGCUAGCCAUGCCUAUCGGGUUUCCUGACAUACCGGUGGUAGAGGAGGUGCUUUCACAUCAGCUGCAGAUAUUGAAGUCAAUGAAUACGAUAGCAAAAAAGCCGGCUCUCAUCGCAAGGUUCCUGGAUAGAAUCUUUCCAUCCUUAGUGUGGGUUGAGGGUGGGUCAGGUUGGAAAGAGGUUGAUUCGAUCCUUCGGGAUGUGUGUCAGCCGAUUCGGUGGGACCAGCAUCAGAGGGAGCGGGGAAAGUGA